AAUGAAAAUUGAAGUGCAGAACCGACUAAUACUGCGAUUGUUCACUGAAGUUCCACAAUACACGAGUUCAAAAUUGACGUCAUUGGUUUGAUUUCCAACGCAAAAUUGUUGAAUUUAAAACCGUUUCACCUUCAAAAUCCACCAAUACUUCGUUCACAUAUGAAAACCUUUAUGAAUUAGUACGGGUCUUAAAAUGGCGACCCAAGUGCAGGCUUUGUAUGACUUCACUGGUGAGCCUGGCACCACAGAGAUGUCCAUAACUUGUGGAGAGGUGCUCACACUGCUCAACACAGAAAUCGGAGAAGGCUGGUGGGAAGGAAAAAAAUCUAAUGGAGAAACUGGUCUAUUUCCUGCUGCAUAUGUCAGAAAAUUGACACCAGAAGAAUCAACUCAAACUAAAGCUGCUCCUCCAGCACCUAGAUAUGAUCAAGCAGCAGAUGACUGGGGCGAACAACACUACAGUGCAGGAGAUAACAAUUACCAAAGAGGAGUUUCGCAAGAAGAUGGUUGGGAUGAUGACUGGGAAGAUGAUACAUACUCAGAGAUAGGACCAGCCCAGCAACAGAACAAGACAUCGCAGUACAACCAGCAAUCAUCCAUUGUGAUUCCCGGUAUGCCUAUUAAUGAUUAUAAUCAACACAUAGAUGACACAUCUUCAAAUUAUAGCUCAUCAGUGGGCACAGUUAGAAAAAACAAAUUUGCACCAUCUUCAAAGAUUAGUGGAGAAAGCUACCUGCUGGCAACCCUUAAUGUAGAAGUACCAGACUCUGAAAAGGUCUACAUUAUCCAAGAUGAAGAUGGAUAUAUUUGGUCCCCAAUUACUCAGCCAUAUAUUGUGACUGUGGCCUCUCCAAAAAAGGAAUCUAAAUUCAAAGGGAUCAAGAGUUUUAUAGCCUAUCAACUGACUCCUUCAUUCAAUAAUAUUCAAGUGUCCAGGCGAUACAAACACUUUGACUGGCUCCAUGAGAGACUACAAGAAAAGUUCACACUUAUUCCAAUCCCCCCUCUGCCUGACAAACAGAUAUCUGGAAGAUAUGAUGAGCAACUAAUCGAACGCAGGCGAGUUCAGCUCCAAGAGUUUGUAGAUUGGAUGUGCAAGCACCCUGUGCUCUCCAGAAGCGAGGUUUGGCAACACUUCUUAACAUGUACUGAUGAAAAGAGAUGGAAAGCUGGUAAAAGGCAAGCUGAAAAAGAUAAUUUGCUAGGUCUAAAUUAUUGUGUUUCACUAGUGGUACCUGAGAAAGCAUUAUUGCAAUCACAAGUUGAUCAUAUCACAGAACAGUGCCACACUUUCAUUAACAGUGUCGACACAGCCAUCAAGUCUGUGUCUAGCAUGUGCAUUGUGCAAACAAAACGUUUCCAAGGACCAUACAAGAGUGACUGCCAGAAAAUAGGAGAAGCAUUUUAUAGUCUGGGUAAUGCCUUAAGCUUGGAUGAAGGUACCAUAGUAUCAACAUCUAAACUGACUUCAGCUAUCAAAAUGACAGGUGGUGUUUACAUUGAUAUUGGUAGGAUGUAUGAUGAACAACCGAAGUAUGAUUGGGAGCCACUGGGUGAUAAAUUUCAUUUAUACAAAGGAAUUGCAGCUAGUUUUCCUGAUGUCCUGGCCAAUCAUAAGGGUGCAGUGCAAAAGAAAAGAGAGUGUGAAAGACUGACUGCUGAAAACAAAAUGGAGGUUGCACAAUUAAAUGAAGUCUUGAGAAGGACCGAUGUUAUAUCAUAUGCGCUUCUUGCCGAAAUCAACCAUUUCAAAUCAGAACGGACUGUUGAUAUAAAAGCCACCAUGCAAAAAUUCUUGAAGCAACAAAUCAACUUUUACAAGAAAAUAGUAGAUAAGUUGGAAACCACGCUAAGAUACUAUGAUGAUUAGAUUUCACUUAGCAAUUGAUAUUGAAUCUAAUAUAAAUUGUAUCAAGAAGUUUUGAAUUGGAAAAUUUAUGAGUGUUCAGUAUUUGAUUAUGAAUAUUUUGUAGAAGUAAAUUUUCACCAAAAAACACAAUAUGUAUCUUGGAAUUUCUAGAAAUUUGGAAUUUGAUUCUAAUUUACUACAUAAAACAUAGCAUACUUCGCAAGCUAAAUAAAUCUGAACAUUAUUAUAAAUGAAUUUAUGAUGUGAUGAUAUUUCGGACUGAACGUAAACUAUAUUAUGAUUAUUCUGUUUUGAUGUAGUUUUAUUUUUACAAAUCGAAAAAUAACUUGUAAAUAUUUUAUGAAGUCUAGUUUUUUUUUUGAACAUGUGUCAUUAUAUCUAUCUAUUUUUUUAUUUACACUAUAUUUGUGGAUCAAUUCUUUUGAAAUGUCUUGUUGUAUAUUUAUAAUAAUCGUUGUACUAUAUUCCACUUUUGUAAGGUAGUUUAGGGAUUGCUAAUAAAAUAAUUUAAUUCGUUA